UUGGUAAUGACUUUGGAGGGUUUGGGGUGGGGCGGAGUUUAUUUAUGAGUCUCUUAUUUUUCUUCAGGGUACCUGCUUGCAUAAGACUGGUAGCAGCGAAUGGUGAAUAGUCUUGCCAUGCGGAAAGACAAGGUGGCCUUCCAGUUAGCGACCGGUCUAGAGCGUGUUUGCUUUCAUUUAUACCUGCUUCAGGCCUCCAUCUUAUGGAAUAUUUGUGGUUGGGUGUGUAGUGUUUGCUUCUGACUCCGCCUUCUGUAGUAGUGACAGUGGAACAAGCAUUCCCAGUUUCUACUGGGAUUGGGAAUCUUCCAAGUUGUGGAACAACGAUCUUUCGCUGGAGAUUUCCACCCUCCUCUGCAAUCUCACAGGCGGGUCCUUAUCUUUCACUAGGGGUGUGGUUUCCAUUCACAUUAACUCUUUAGAACGGCUUCAAUAUUUAAUUUCUCUGGUGAAUUGCAGCAACGAAAGCUUUUUAAAAAUAAUUGCAGCAGUGCCGUGUUUCCCAGAAAAGCCCCUCUUGCCUGCUGAAGGAAGCAAAAUGAUAUUGAUUUUAAAUUUUUGCAACUAUACCAGAAACAGAAUUCUCCCCCACCCCCAUUUCAAGAAAAAGUAAUAUGACUUGGCUUUUCAGGUGUUGACAUACGUGAUCUCAUUGACUCUUCCAAGCCUCCUGCGACGUAGUAUUCUUCCCAUGUUAUAGACAGGGAUGGGGCAGCAACUUAAGCCUACCUAAAUAGUUGCUUUUCUAAAGUCUUCUCUGUGCCAAUGUCAUUCUAGCAAGCUAAGAUAUAGGUCAGCAUUGCAUAUUAACAGCAGUUUGGGAAAGAGAUUAGUACCCAACUGACCUGUGUCUAGCUGUUUUAGGCUGUCAUUAUUGUUGAAACUGCCCCUCGGCUAGCGGUUCAAAUCGGUCCCCCGUAGGUUGUGCCAGAAACCUUUUUGCUUAAUUCCGUCAUCUUAUCCAAACAGCCGGAGCGCCAUGCUGACCUCAUUCAUAUUAAUGGCAGAUUUUAAUAGGCCUUAAAGCUCCUUUGUCUCUUUCUUCGAACAAGACGUUUAGGAACUUGGAGUGGCACAGUUUCUCAGAGAUAAAUAAAAAUAAUGAGGGGAGUUAGUGGAAAUCCAGACGAAAGGUUUGCUUUCCAGAACACACAAAGGUCAAACGCUAAGUCCAGUCCCGGAAGGACAUUGCCCUCCCUGCAUUUGCAGCGGAUUCAAAGUUAUUUAAAAUAAUAUUCAGGUGUUUGAGACUACUAGAUUCUGUACAGACUUUUAAAUAUAAAAGCAAGCCCUGCCUGUUGGAUAACUGUCAUGUUGAUGACCCUUCAAGCAAUUCAAUGAUUGGAGCAGAAGUGGGUCGAAGAAAACCACACUGGUAAAGUCUGAGAAUAUGGCGUAUGCGAGAACCUGCGGAAGCUGGAGAUCACAGGAGUGUCCUGCCGAGAUGUGUACGCCAAACGUAUAAACCCACGAGUGAAGUCGGGGCGUUUUAUGAAAAUCCUUCCCGACUACGAGCACAUGGAGUACAGAGAUGUUUACACCUACCUGCUGCACAGAUACCGACACAUCUUGGGGCUGUGGCAGCCGGACAUUGGACCCUACGGGGGACUGUUGAAUGUGGUGGUAGAUGGCUUGUUCAUCAUUGGCUGGAUGUAUUUGCCUCCCCAUGACCCUCACGUGGAUGACCCAAUGAGGUUCAAGCCCCUCUUCAGAAUUCAUUUAAUGGAAAGGAAGAGCGCCACGGUCGAGUGCAUGUAUGGCCACAAGGGCCCCCACAAUGGACAUAUUCAGAUAGUGAAAAAAGAUGAGUUUUCAACAAAGUGCAACCAGACGGACCAUCACCGUAUGGCAGGAGGAAGGCAAGAGGAAUUUCGGACGUGGCUGAGAGAGGAAUGGGGGCGGACGCUGGAAGACAUCUUCCAUGAACACAUGCAGGAGCUUAUCUUGAUGAAGUUCAUCUACACCAGUCAAUAUGACAACUGUUUGACAUACAGGCGCAUCUUCCUCCCUCCGUGUAGCCCCGACGACCUAAUCAAGCCAGGCCUUUUCAAGGGAACGUACGGGAGCCACGGCCUUGAAAUUGUCAUGCUGAGUUUCCAUGGGAAAAAGGCCAAAGGGACUAAAAUAACAGGAGACCCCAACAUCCCAGCUGGCCAGCAGACCGUGGAGAUAGACCUGGCUCAUCCCAUCCGCCUGCCGGACAUAGAAAACCAGAGUAACUUCAGCGAGCUCUCCCGCAUCGUCCUGGAAGUGCAGGAGCAGGUGAGGCGAGAGCAGCAGGGGCUGGAAGAAGGCGCCCAGGAAGGCAAGGAGCUGGAAGAAGAGGGCCAGCCUCAGCCUGGGCCCUGCCAAAGGGAAGAGGACAGGGCAGGGGCCUCUGCCGCUGGAGAAGGGGAAGCUGCCCAGCCCCCUCCGCAGCCCUUUGUCCUCCCGGCAGGUGUUGCAUCCAGGAAUGAAGACUACCCCCGGACCUGCAGAGCGUGCUUCUAUGGCACAGGACUCAUCGCAGGCCACGGCUUCACCAGUCCCGAGCGGACCCCCGGUGUCUUCGUCUUGUUUGAUGAUGACCGCUUCGGCUUCAUCUGGCUAGAGCUGCAGUCUUUCAGCCUCUACAGCCGCAUCAAAGUCUCCUUCCAGAAUGCGGAGGCGCCGUCCCGGGAGGCUUUUGACGAGAUGCUGAAAAACAUUCAGUUACUGACGUCGUGAUAGGGGGCUGCCCACGUGCCAGAGGAGGAGGCCGCGUCCCCAUCUGCCCUCCCCACGGCAGACAGCAUGCACUUGUCCAUAAGGCCUUUUUACCAAAAUGUGUACACACUCCUUGGAGCAUUAAUUAUAUUUUCCCAGCCUGUUAUGUAUAGUUUGUAAUAUAGCUCUGUAUAUUUGAAAGGCAGCCCACCACAGGGCUGCUGAGCAUGUCUGUGAAGUGUCUAUUUUGUUUUUUAAAGGAGGAUAGUGUUUGAGCAGGGAGAUCAAGUCCAGCGCUUGGCAGGCCGUGUAAAUAAUUGAAUGGCCAUCGGAGGGUGUAUAUUAAAACUAACAGCUGGUGUUCUCCCUGUGCGAACAAGCUGCUUUGGGGACGAUUUCGUAGCCAUGGGCUUUUCUGAACAUGUGUCUGUCGCUUUAGAAUCUGAUUGCUUUUCAAAAGGCCGAGCUGCCACUAUCGAUAAAGAGAUUUUAAACUAACUCUGCCUUCCCCCUCUCAUGCUAGGACUCAUUUCCCUCCCAAGAUAAAUGGGUAUCAAACCUUGUAGGGCUAUAGCAUUUCCCAGGGCCAGACAGAGAGAUUCAUUGCAUCAAGAGCUUGGAGGAGGUGAGAGAAAGCAGUGGCAGAAAUCUCUUUGCCCUUUCUUAGUAAAGAGUCCGGUAGCACCUUUAAGACUAACCAACUUUAUUGCAGCAUAAGCUUUCGAGAACCACAGCUCUCUUUGUCAGAUGCAUCCAAAGAAAAGAAUUUGGAAAUUUGGAGCGAAUGUUGCAACAGAAGCAAAUAAGAUAUCAGUGAAAAAUUCCCUUUGCUUUAGAAAUAUUUUGACAAAGGGCAGAAAAAUAACAACAAUUGAACAAGCCAAAGCACUCUGACGAGAGCUGAGAGCAAAGCUCUGUAAUCAAAGCUCAGAUUUGGAAGAUGCUGGGCUUUCAUCUAGAGAAGAGGAAGGAGUGAAAGGAAAAGAGAGGACUUCUGGUGGGCGGAGAUGAGGACAGACAGCUGAAUUUACAGCUUGGAAGACGCUGAGCAGUUUAAAAGGUUUUAAGAUAAUUACUUUUUUUUCCUAAUGUACUGUCUGCUUAGAAUAGUUUCAUGGAAGUAUAAUUAAGGACAUUUCCUAGCUUCCCAGCUUCUGUCUCUAUUUUGCUCUGAUAAGGAGCCAGCUGUUCUGAUAACACUUGGAAAACAUUGGAAAACAUCAGCCUAAAUGGAUAAAUACCCUGUUUAUAUUGGAUAAGUAUUCUACCUAAGUGAAACGCUGGGAAAAUAAGAGAAGCAAGAGAAAAGUGUUAAAUAAGCUUAUGUCUGAAUUCUAGCUUUGUAUUUUUACAAGCAGUAAGCAGGGAUAAUGAGACCUUGUAAACGUGCGAGAGAAGUAGAGGAAACUCUGGCCCCUGUUGCUAAAUAAUCAAAGAUAGGUGAUUAUUUUUCAUCACCCAAUAUACUGGUGUCACAAAUGCCAGUAUCUAAUAGGUGCUACCGAACUCUUUACUAUUUUGCAACUACAGACUAACACGGCUAACUCCUCUGGAUCUUUGCCCGUUGCAGAGAGAUUUCUGGGACAGUGGGCCGAAAGAGUUGCUGCAUGUUUCCCCCCCCCCUGGUUCUGAGCCUGCAACAGGGAAUCAGAACCCAGCAGCAUCAGGCCCCUGAUGGCUUGGAAUGGCAUCCUCUUUCUCUUGGGGAACGUCACUUCUCUCCCCUCCAAAGCUUUAUCAGCCACAUGUGCCUCUUGAAGGGUGGGAGAUUCCAGGGUCUCUUCCCCCCCCCCCCUCCAGCUGCUGGGUAAGGGAAAGCUACUCAAUCACAGGCUGUAACACUCUCAACUGUGCCAGCCUCCAGGUGCUGCAGAACUUAAAAAGGUAGUAGUGUUGUUUGACAGCGUUCAGCAGAUCCAGUCAGAGUCUAGUCCCAAACCACACGUUCCUGGUAGCUGUAGCCUCCUUCCUCUUGUAUGGACACUGUGAUACACUAUCAGUGCCUGGCCUGUGCAAGCCUUAGUGCCAGCAGCUGGGACCUCUUGCUGCCCUUAGGUUCCCUUUUAAUUGCGUCACCCCUUUUUUAAGCUCUUGGAUCUUGCAAACUUGUUUGAUUUGCACAGUCUUCUUGGAAUGGUUUUCUCCCCUGCUGCCGGCACCUUCCUGUGACUACUAUUUUUUUUAAAGGAUUACCAGCUUAUCUUGGAGACUCUGAUAAGUCUCCCACCUGCUGCAAAAUGCUCAAGCCCCACAGUCCCCAGAAGGAGAAACUGGAAAGGGAGGGGGGAGGCCCAAGUUCUCACUGGCGCAUAUGCCUGAAUCAAGCAAGCCGCUCCUUGCCAGAGCAAUGAGCUGUUCUUUUCCUUUCUACGCGUUCAUUUCAUUCAGCUUCCUUCUGGCUGUCUUUGGUCAGGAAUCCUUGGCUGCUCCCUCCCCCCGCGCCCCCCUUAGCCUUUUCGAGCAAACAUGAAUGCAGUUUCCUUUCCUCGGUGUGUGAUUUGUUCUUUUCCCGGGCUUAGAGAAGAAGAAGCUGUUCUUUCCUCUGUUGUGACAGUGUCAUUGUUAUGAAAUGCACCUGUAGCUAUCACUGCACCAGGGAAGAAGAACAGUUGUGUUUGUAUGAAGGAGCAGCACAGUCCGUCGGUUCCAGCGUAGCCCUGGGUUGAGCUGGCUCAGGGCACCACCAUCUGUUCUUUGCAGGACUGGGGUGCAAAAUGCACAGACCGAAAAGUAAUACACGCCAGCUUGCAACUCAUAAAUUUAAUCAAAUAGGAAGCGGGUGAGGGAAACCAAGGUCAGGGUUAGGGUGGGUGGGAAGAGCUGAGUUGCUGACUGGGAUACAGAGAGACAGGAUGGCUGAAUAGGAAUGCUGGGAAGCUGAUAUGUGGAUGUUCACAGGAGGCGGAGAGAAUGGGAGGAUGAAACUGGCUGAGAGAAGGCAUCCUGAAGUGAGGGUUAGUCUUAGGAGCGAAGUCUCCAGGGCGAUGCAGAAGAAAACUUCCGACUAAAUGUCUUGUGGUUCUUAUGUUCUGAGUAACCUAAAUGGAGCUGCUGCAGGCUAAUGGAUUGGCGGUUGCUGCGCUUCUCGAUUGCACGAAAGAGGUUUUAGCUGCUGACUGUGUGGCUGGUCCAGUAGGCGUUACCUACUCGUCAUAGAGCCAGAGUGACUGUGUGGAAGUGGCAUCACUUAAAAUCAGGUUGAUGUGCCUUUGGGACCCUGGUGCUUAGGCGAGCUCAAGCCUCACCUGGGCUCACGAGAGUUGCUUGUGCAAAACUACAAGCCUUUGGAGCAUUUGCCUGAAGGUCAAAGGCUUGGCCAGUCACUUCCGGAAGUGCGGGAACGAUUCUGUUUUAGAGCCAGCUGGAUUUCUUUGCUUUUUACUGUUUAUAGCAGAGAACUUGAUUUCUGCGAUGCAACUUGGAAGGGGUGGGUGGGUUCGUAGCAGAACUGAACAAACGAGCAAGUAUUGAAUUCGACAUGACCUGUUCCAGGCAUGGGGCAUGGAAAUCUGUGUGCCAGCUUGGCCUUCAGCUGGCAUCUCAUCUGUUCACAGGGUAAACUCCGCUCUGCCGCUGAGCGAAGAUCAUGAACUUGCUUAACGUUUUAUUUGCUGCUGUUGAUCCAACAGAACACAGCUGCUGAGAUGCUCCUGGCAACUGCAGAUGUGUUCACAGAGGGAAUGCCUGCAUGGGCGCAUCGGUCUGCUUCAGACAGUUCGCAAACAGCAUUUAUAAAAUCGGUAUGAACUGACACGCCAAGGUAGCCAGCAGCUGAAAUCUGCAUUUGGUAGCAUGAAGUGGGAGGGGACGUCUGCUAGCCUGCCUGUUCUUUCCUCUCUUCCUGUAGCUUUCUCUGACUUUGCUUUGUACAGUUGCUCCUGUAAGCUGGAGUGGCAAGUUCUGUGCUGCAGGUUACCUGGCAGAAAUGGCACAAACAAAAUGCAGUACUGGUCAGAAAAUGGCCACACAACCAUAGGAAGCGUCAGCUUUCUUUUUACCUGUCCCUCCCACCUUGGAGCCAUGAAACUUGCUGUAACAAAGUCUGUCUCUACACGAGACAUCUUAACACGGGGAUGCUCAAGUGCAGAGAGAGACAAUGUUAGCCGGGAAGCGUAGUUUAAAAAGUCAGAGCCAGCAGAGAUCACUCCUCAGAGGGUUUGUUAAUUUCAUCUUCACCUCCCCAAGGGUCUGUCAAUUUCACUUCCUCUUGGGGGAGGCAAGGAUGAAAUUAACAAACCCUCUGAGGAGUGAUCUCUGCAGGUUCUCUUUUUAAACUACCCUCUGCAGAGAGGUGAAACUGACGGAGCCUUUGGCUAACAUUGAGUCUCCCUACACUUGAGCAUCCCUGUGUAAGAUGUCUCCUGUCGACUCUGUGUGUGUGUGUUGUGGAUGCAGGUGAACCCUGUGGUGUGGUGUUUGUAGGAUGGUAGGGUUUGGUCUCAGGGGUGUAAGGGAGAGUCCAGAUGGGAAAUCUCUGUUUGGGUGCUCUUGGCAAGCUCUCAUUCUCCUGCCCGGCUGGGGUCAGGCCGACCCUUGCUGCAAUCCCCAACUGUACUGGGCAAGGGUGGAAUUGAUUUUUGCCUGCCGGCUCACACAGGGAUUUCACUGGAAAGCAUUGCCCUGGCCUUGCCAGUUUUAUUUAUUUAUUGCUCUUUUUAAAUAUUUGCAAGCAGACUAUAUAUCUAUGACAGGUUGGGGGGUGGAGGCAGUGGCUUUUAUGUUGGGAUCCCAGCAAGGUGAGAGGCAAUUCACGCAGUAUUUGUGGGGCAGGGGUGGGGUGGGGGGAGACUCGUGUGGCUUUGACUGUAGCUGUGCCCCGCCCGUGGAACUUUGCCCUCUUCCUUUUAGGGAAAAGCACUCCUUCUGACUUAAAGGGGAGAAAAUGAAGGGGCAUUGUUGGGGAACCCCAUAUUUUUAAUUUUAAAUUUUUUUUGCCAUGUAUAGUCCGCCUUUCUCACUGAGACUCAAGGCGGAUUACACAGUGUGAAAUUAGUACAGUUAAUUUCAAGGACAUUUCCAUAAACAUAAACACAAUUUUACAAAGAUAUAGCAUGACCCCUCCCUCCAAUUAUCCCAGCCAUUGAGAAUCCUGGCUGUUCCUCUCUAGAAAGCGUUCCCCUCCAUCAUAUUGAGUUGUUUCUUUAGUCAUGCUGGUGUUGGCAAUAUUAGCAACUGGCUCUAAGAGAUGAAUGGAAUCCGUUUGCAUGACCCUCACUAGAGAAAUAUGAUCAGGGAGGGAGAAAGGUGGGUCCUUUUGUGCUGUGCUGCAUUACGCUGUGUGAAGUGCCAGGUCUCUACCUGGAUUUGGGGGAAGGCACAUAAAUAGGAGAGGCAAGCACAACAGUGGUUGUGUGCAUGCAAAUGUAAUGUCAGGUGCUUAAGCUUUCUUCCAAGGAAGUAAGCUGGUUCGGCUCUUGCAUUGAGCAUUUUUCAUGUGGUCAACCUUCAGUUUCCUCUGCUAGGAGAUGUGCAACCUUUCCCUGUGCGAGGGGGUGGGAGUGGCAUCCUUCUUCAGAAAUGCAUCUUCAUUAGCCCUUCAAACUCCCAUGUUGCUGGACUUGGGUGUGGGAAUUCCUUUUUUCCUUUCCUCGUAGUGUGUGAGCUGCAGUUUGCAACAGUUCCCGGGUUCCAUCUGUCCUACUACCAACGUCUUUGGAAUGGUACCUCUUCAAGCGUGCUGCUCUCUGAACUAUAUGGGGGCAAAGCAAGCCCCCCACCCAGGCAUUCCUCCUACCGUGUCUGUGGGCUGCAAUGUCAUGGUCAACGCUCCACACAACGACCUGGAUGUGGUUCAGGGAGCUGAGACGCUGCUGCUUUCUAGGUGUCAGAUGAGUGAGCUUUCAGCUACACCUUUCCUACUUGCUGAUGGUUGCCCAAGAACCCUUUUCUGAUGAUAAAAAUAAAAAAGAUUUUGAGAACCUGA